AAGCAUCCAUCUUAAAACACUAAUAACCAACUAUCAUCAUUACUACUCACAUAACAUUACCAACCUUUCACUUUCACUCUCUUCUAUCUUUCCCUUUCCAUUUUUUUUGCACAACACAAAAAGCUCCGUUCUUCUCCCACAAACACACAACAAAUGCAUCGAUCCCUCAUCACUAUACAAACUUCAUAGUUUGUGUGUGUGAUGCAAUAAUAGCAACAUCAAUGGGAGGAGUGACAUCAUCCAUGGCUGCGAAGUUGGCGUUCUUCCCGCCUCACCCAGCAUCGUACAAGGUGGUGAAGGACGAGUUGACGGGGCUUCUGCUCCUGAGUCCUUUUCCUCAUCGCGAGAACGUGGAAAUUCUGAAGCUUCCGACGCGCCGCGGCACCGAGAUAGUGAGCAUGUACGUUCGCCACCCCAUGGCAGCUUCCACUGUUCUCUACUCUCACGGCAACGCCACCGAUCUUGGCCAGAUGUACGAGCUCUUCAUCCAGCUCAGCAUCCACUUGCGUGUUAAUCUCAUCGGGUAUGACUACUCCGGGUAUGGCCAAUCAUCAGGGAAGCCAAGUGAGCAGAAUACAUAUGCAGAUAUUGAGGCUGUGUAUAAGUGUCUAGAAGAAAGCUAUGGUACCAAGCAAGAGGAUAUAAUCUUGUAUGGCCAAUCUGUUGGAAGUGGCCCUACUUUGGAUCUUGCAGCUAAAUUACCUCAAUUGAGAGCUGUUGUUCUUCACAGUCCCAUACUUUCAGGCUUAAGGGUCAUGUAUCCAGUAAAACGUAGUUACUGGUUUGACAUAUAUAAGAAUAUCGACAAAAUUCCACUCGUUAAUUGCCCUAUUCUCAUAAUUCAUGGAACUUCAGAUGAAGUUGUAGAUUGCUCCCACGGAAAACAACUGUGGGAACUGUGUAAAGAGAAGUAUGAGCCACUAUGGCUCAAAGGAGGAAACCACUGUGAUUUAGAGCAAUUUCCUGAGUAUAUCAGGCAUCUGAAGAAGUUCAUAGCCACUGUUGAGAAGUCUACAUCCCAAAGAUACAGCUUCAGAAGAAGCAUGGAACAGUUUGAGCAGCCACGAAAGAGCACUGAUGUAUUUGAAGUUAGUAGAAAGAGCACUGAUCGCAGGGAAAAACCACGGCUGAGCACAGACCGGCCUCAAAAACUGAAAAAUUUGUCCAAUAAUGCCGAUAAGUUAGAGAAACUGAGAGUAACUUUUGAUCAUAUGGACAGGUCAAGGAGAAGUGUGGAUUGUCUUGAAAAGUCUAGAAAAAGCCUUGAUCAUCAACUUGAAAAGGCGAGGAAGAGUGUUGACAUGCUGGAAAGAAUAAGGACCUGAGAUUCUUGGAUUAAUCAAGUUAUGUAUUCAUGAAUGGAUUGGCUUUGAGAUUUUUUUCUUCUUUAAAUUGACCUACCUGGUAUUGCACUAUGGCCUAUGACAGAUAUGAUGAUAAAUAUUGGGCAUCAAAGGAAGGGUUUGGUUUUUACAUUGGAAUUCAGUUUUCACUAUGAUGCUACCACCUCUUGUUCCCUCCAUAUGUGUUUGAUUUGUAUAAAUUCCUUAUCUAAGAAAUGCUACUAAAACUUUCUGGACCAGGCAUUGACUAGUUUUCUAGUACACUCAGAGAAGCACAAGAAACGUUUACUUUCUUUUUAUUUUAUUUUAUUUAGGCCAAGGAUAUUUUUAUGCUGAGAGCAUAUGUUGUAAGUGUUUUUUCCAUUGUGGAUUAUGAUUGAUGGCUAAGCAUUAAGCA